GCAGCCCAGCUGGAAAAUGGGGUGGUGACUCCUACUCUCAAGUGAUUUUCCUCAUGCUUCUCCUGAAGGAGAAGUGGGUCCUGAACAGGAUGCAGCAGCCAGUGGCUGGGGUCGUUCCCUCGCUGUAUCCGUCCCAGACCAGCCUCGCUGCCGACUUGCACUAUACACACCGCAUCAUUGAGGAUCCCGAGUGGUCCCUCGCCACUGUCCCCCACCUCACUGAGCUCUGCCUCCAGCACAUCGUUCACAAUUUCGAAAAGAACCCUAUUUUGGAACGUCUUCUGCCUGAGCACCAAAGGAAGGUGCUGGACAGGCUCUCCACUGGCCUUCCGCUCACCGUGACUGCCAACCUAAUAAGCGAUGAGGACUACUGGAAGAGGUGCUGCACUGAGCGCUGGCAAGUGUGUGACAUCUCCAACUAUGGAGACAGCUGGAAACGGAUGUUCUUUGAACGUCACCUGGAGAACAUCCUGAAACGUUUCAUCCCUAACACCACAGACCCCAACCAGGUCCUAGAGCUCAUCCCGCUCUGCAAAGACUAUGUGCGGAAACUGGAGGUUGAUCAGUUCCUGCCACCAGUAAAGGUGGAUCAAAAGGAGGAGAGGGAUGACCUCUCUGAUACAGGGAGUGAAUUCGGGCUCAGUGAGGUCUCCGUGCAUCACUACGACCUGGGAGUCCUCAUUACUGCUCUCCCUCACCUUGAAGAGCUUCAUCUCACUUACGGCGUGAAGGACUGCGGCAUGAACUUUGAGUGGAACCUCUUUAACUUCACCUACCAGGACUGCUGCAACCUGGCUGUUGCUGUGAAGAUGUGCCACAACUUGAAAGUAACGUGUUCCAAACUGAACCUUUCUUCCUCAGCUAGAUCUUCAAAUUGCCUGGGGGUAGAAACCCAAGGACCAGUUUUGCCUGGGAAGGGUGGCAGCACCCUUCCCUUUGCAAGCUGCAGUCUAGCAGAGCGCAGCGAUGUUAACUCGCUCGCCUAA